CCAGCGUCGGACUGGCCAUACAUUCGAGGUGGCAUUUGCCAGCCGGGCCCCAGCCUGCACGGGCCCCCCCACAGGCCUGGGUUGAGAGGCAUGCGGCAACCUCAGCACAGGGGGGGGGGGGGCGCGAAGUGUGCCCCCUGUGCUACGGUUGCCCGCAUGCAUGUCUCGUAAACUAUGCGUCUUACAAAAAAUUUGAAAGACAAAACAAUUGUAGGUAACAUUUCAAUGGGCUAAAAUUGCCGGAAAAUUAUGGGAGUUUUAUUUCGCUUUCUUUUAUGUAAGUAUUAUAGUGGUUAUUAUUAUUAUCAAUAAUAAUAGUGUUUAUUCCGCCGUUUAUAAAAUAAACUAAAGCAAGAAACCCUACAGGAAUCGGUCAUGAUUUCGAAGGACUGAAACAUUUUUGCUGUUGUAAGGUCGCGGCAAAAACGCGUAAAAUUCGCAAAUUACGCGGUUUUCUAGAUCUAGCUAGCAGGGCGCCAAGCAUACACUAGGGCUAUAGAGGUUAAAAACUCGAUGAAUUCGGAACUGCAACAUUUAUAAAUAACAAUUAAGAAACGUAACGUAUUUAUUCACUCUCGGGGUUGGCAUAUCCAUGUGGAUAAAAACCCCAAAAUAAAUAAAUAGAAAUAAAAAAAAAAAAUAUUCACUCUCAUCUCAUAAUUUUGAUGAAACGGAACGCAUUACGCAAGUAAAGAGUCUGUGGUUUGGGGAAUCCCCGACGCGUGCGUUCGCUGCUCCUUGAAUCGCAUUCCAUUGUUUAUUCGGUUUGUAUUGCCCUUACCGCCGAUACUCUAGUUCAAUUACGUUGUUUUUAAAUAUUAUACUGACUUACGUUACAUCGAGAAACUGUUACAAUGGAAAAGUCACGUUCAGCGACAUAUAAACCUAAAUCUGGUUCGGAGAAACGGAAAAAUAAAAGAAAGAUAGAAUUACAAACAGCGGCUUCGAACCCAAAGCAAUCCAGGCUUUCCUUCACGUCACCAUCUCAAGAGCUUGAAGAUCCUCAAAAUCGGAGCGAAUCGCAACCAGGACCCUCAUCAUCAUCAUCAAUGUUAGACGAAAAAUUGGAUUCACUUUCGUAUGCAAGUAAUUCAGAAGAGAACAUAGCAGCGGCGACUCUACCCAUAAUAAUCACGCAAGACACAGCACCACAAGGAGCAAAUGAAUGUGUUUUUAAUCCUAAAGACACAAUUACUUCAAUUCCGUCCAGCGACACUGGAUCUGGUGGAAAUAUUGAUAACGUUGCGUUUAAGCCACUAACAUUAACAGUCGAUGAUUGCAGUCAAAUUCAAAAACUUUCUGAAUUUGCUGCGCCAAGGAAAAAUGCUACGACUGCCGAGAAAUUAAGUAUCUUAUCUGUUCACCCUAUCCAACCUUCGGGUGAUAAAAACAGUUUGCCUUUCGAUGCAAAUCGGGUUUACUACCGAAAAUUACCAACAGGAACUUUAAUUCGACGAGAAUCUGUCUCUUAUUCUCUUGAAUUAAACAAGCUAUUUUGUACCACCUGCAUGUGUUUUGCGUCUGACGCCACGAAAGAAGAAGGAGGAGGAAGAAGUCCAUUUAUUGAUGGCGUUACUCCAUCCAAAAAACAUAUUUAUGAACAACUUGUCAAACACGAGGAAAGCCACAGUCAUCAGUUAGCCGUAGUUGCCUUGCUUACAGCAAAAAAAAGAGGAAAUGUGGAACAACAUCUCACGCUAAAGAAUAUGCAAGAGAUUUCCAAUAGGCGUCUGGUCCUGAAAAGAAUAAUUGAUAUAAUACUAUUUAUAUCUAAACAAGGCAUUGCUUAUCGUGGAAAAAGUGAGGCCUUGUACUCGUUAGCGGAUAUCGCAGAUGACAACCAGAAUCACGGAAACUUUUUAAAUUUAGUUGUCCUAUUGUCGAAGUAUGAUCCAGUUCUUAAGGCGCACAUGUCCGAGGCAAUUACUGAAAGUAAAAAAAGAAAAGACUCAGGAAAAGGUAAGGGUCGAGGUGGGCUUGUUACCUUUUUAUCAAAAACCACUAUAAAUAAAUUAAUAAAUAUAUGUGCACGUCAAGUUAAACUAGAAAUCGUUAAAGAAAUCCAGGCGGCGAAAUCUUUUAGCCUCAAUGUGGAUUCUUGCCAGGAUGUUGGCGUUGUUGACCAGGCUGCAAUUUGCGUGCGCUAUGUUAAGAGUGGGAUCCCACAAGAGCGGAUGCUCAGCAUGGUCCCUGUCCGGAAAUCAACAGGAGAAGAUUACCGAGCUCUUGUAAGCAAUGAACUAGCCCAGUUAGGCUUAAAUUUGCAAGAUAUUAUUAGCGUGUCAUUUGAUGGCGCCGGAAAUAAGGCGGGAAGGUAUAAUGGUCUUCAAGCAAAACUGAAGGAAGAAGUACCAAAAUUAAUUUUCACACAUUGUUAUGCACAUGUUUUAAAUUUAGUGCUGGGAGGCGCGACGUCAAGCUGUAGUGAAGCCAAGAAUUUGUUUGGGCUCUUGGAGUCUACCAGUGUAUUUAUUCAUGAAUCAUUUAAGCGCACAUCUCUAUGGGUGGAGAAAAUUUCAGAAUUAACAGCUGGACAAGACAAAUUGAGACGAUUACAGAAUAUCGGAAAAACAAGAUGGUGGGCUAAAGACAAAGCCUUGACUACUGUUAUGGAGAAAACUCGAUAUGUGGCGUUGAUAAAAACUUUAAGUGCCAUAUAUUCAAGCACGGAGUUCGAGCCAAAGGUUUCGUUCCAAGCAAAAGCUUUGAUGGAUUCUUUUUUGAAAUUCGAAACUAUCCUGACAGCCUUCACGUUCAAGAAAAUAUUUGACCUAUCAACCCCAGUAAGCCAAUAUCUCCAAACCCCUACAUUGGAUUAUCUUAAAGCUUGGGGAUUCAUCAAAUGUUUAGACAUGGAUUUACGAAGACAUUUAGAUACUUUUGAUGAUGUUUUCAAAGCUGCAAGUUUAUUUGCAUCCGAUGUUCAAGACUUGAUGCACGCUGAAAACAUUGAUCUCGACGUACAAACCACGUUACCGUUACGAAGAAUUUCUAAAAAACCGAAGAAACAUGAGCAGUUAUGUGAAGAUGAAGUAGCAUUAUUGGCUACAGACCCAAAGAGAUUUUAUUCUAUUUCUGUCUACAAAGUCAUUAUUAAUACAGCUUUAGUUAAAAUAAACGAAAAGUUCAUGUGCAACGAAGAUUUAAUGAAAGAUGCCGCUUGUUUAGACCCGAAAAACUUCAAUAAAAUCAAAGAAAAUGGAAUUCCUAAUGACGCGCUAAAGUCUUCGCAUCAAUUGCAAAUGUCGAUCGAGAGUUGCUAUCAAAAGAACUGGAAUCUUUUGCAAAUAAGUUUAGUGAACUGUCUAAAACUCUUUGGGAUGAGCACAUUUCUCCUAGGCAGCAUAAGCAAGAUUCAGAUUCACAAAGCGACGAAGAAAACGACGAAGAUGUUUUAGACUUAGACCAAGCAGCAAAGGAAGCCAUGUGUUUUUCCAGAAGUGGUUUGGACGUCUGUCAAAGUUGCAUACCAUGUGCAUGUAAACUUUUAUCACAAUAUAAUAUGCAUAUCAGCACGUACACCACCUUAUAUGUUGCAUAAUGUGUAAUUCUCACAAUUUCAUUCACGCAAGUGACUUGUGAGAGACGAUUCUCAGCAUUGAAGCGCAUUAAAACGAGACUUCGUUCUUUACUGGGGCAAGAACUGUUGGAUUCGUUGAUUAUAUUAAAUACAGAAUCGGAUCUAAUCAAGGAUGACGAAAACAACAGCUUUUACGAUCGAGUCAUUAACUGCUUAGCUGAAAGUUCUCCUCUUUUAAAAAAAAUGUUGAUUGGCUAGCUUUAUAUCAUUUGUUCUAAGUAAAUACCUACUUACUAUUGUAUUGUAUUUUAGUAUAGUAAUAAAUUUUUUAUAGUUUGUUUAUCUCAAUUUGUGUAUCUCAGUAUUUUUCGAUAGUAUCCCAUCACCAUGGUCUAGUCUUGGGCCCCGCGAUUGUGAUCAGCCACCCGGGCCCUUCCGGCCCAGUCCGACCCUGACAGU